AUGGCCGAUCCCCAGCCGCCGCCGUCAGACUUACAAGUACAAGCAACAGCACAAUCGGCACCUCCAACAACCGCAUCUGCUCCCACUACAGAAAAACCUGAGCUCUCAAACCCUCCAGAUCCAGAUAACAGUCCAUCGACCUCCGCCAUCCCCACAGACAAUGCUGCCAAUAGCAACACGAAUAUCGAAAUGAACAAUAGUAAUAAUACUAAUGCUAAUCCUAAUAACACCUCGACGACAACUCGGCCAGAUGUCACGAUGAGCGGUACCAGCGAAGCCACGACGGCAUCUACUAUGGCUGCCAGCUAUCAAUCGAUGACAACGUCUGCAACGACGAUGACAACGAUGACGGCACCAGCUGCGGCUGCGGCUGCGGCCACUGGCCCUGGCACAAGCACCACUGCGCCAACAGGAAUAAUUGCACCAGGAAUCCCAAUAGAUGCUGGAGUGAAUCCCGUCGCGGCUGUGCCAGUGCUGCCCCCGUCAAAGAAGGAUACGAGCCUACGCGAGUUUUUGGGACAGAUGGAUGAAUAUGCACCUAUUAUCCCCGAUGCCGUAACAGCACACUACCUAACCCUCGCCGGCCUUCCGCCCCCAGGAAAUGGCCCAAACCAUACUCCUCCGCACCUCGCCCGCCUUCUCGCCCUCGCCACACAGAAGUUCGUCGCCGAUAUCGCCGCAGACGCCUACCAAUACUCCCGCAUCCGCAGCUCGAACACUUCCUCGAAUAACCCCAUGGGCGCCAUAAAUCUCUCCACGGGCUUGGCGCACGGGCUAGCUGCUGCUGGAGGUGCUGCCGGGGGUACUGCAGGAGUAGGCGCAAGUGGGGGAACUGCUACAGCCGGUGGUGGCGGGGGAGGCGGAGGGGAAGGGGCAAAGGGGAAGGGAAGUGGUUCAACUGGUUUGCUUUUGGGUGUUCAGAGGCCUGGGUUUGGAGGUGGGGGACAGGGCGGACAGCAGGGGCGGACGGUGUUGACGAUGGAGGAUCUAGGUAUGGCGGUUGCGGAGUAUGGGGUGAGUGUGAAGAGGGGGGAGUUUUAUCGGUAA